GAUGGAUUUUUCUGGGAUCCACGGCGCGAUUACCAAUCCAUUCAACGGGAAUUGAUCACCAACCAGAGCAACUGCUGCUCUACCAUAGCUUUCCUUUGUAUUAGAUUUGACUGAUUUUCAAGUUAUAUUUUCUGCAUCUAGAGAUUAAUUUCUUUCCGCUCUUCUUUUUAUCCUACAACAACAUCUACAAUGUAUCGCGCCGCGAUCAGAACGACGACGCGCGCCGCCCGGUCUGCACCGCUGUCGAACCCGAGCCGCCGAUACCUCAGCUCAAGUCCGGCCGAUAAGCCGAGGACAUGGAAGGGUGCUGCGGUCAGAUGGGGUUUGGCGUUUGGCGCUCUCUAUUGGUACAACACAAGUCCCAUUUUUGCGGACGAGCCGAUACCACAAACCAUUGCCUCCCCUCCCAAGUUCCGUGAUGCCGAGUUACCCACCGUCGAGUCUGUGAUCGAGCAGAAGCGCAAGGAGGCUGAGGCAAGAGCGGCCAAGGCCCUAGCGGCGCCGCCGACACCUUCAGAAGAGAAGCCGAAGGAACCUACGCCAGAAGGCAGCGCAGUCGAGGCUGCGGCUGUUAAGGAUGAGGAGGCCGCACCAGUCGCAGCUGCGAUGCCAGGAUCACCCGAAGCUUUGGAGGAAGAGGCCGGCCAGCAGGGCGCUUUUAACCCCGAGACGGGCGAGAUCAACUGGGACUGCCCAUGCCUUGGAGGAAUGGCUGACGGACCCUGCGGUGAGGAGUUCAAGGCGGCAUUCAGCUGCUUCGUCUACUCGACCGAAGAACCCAAGGGCAUGGACUGCAUUGAGAAGUUCCAAGGCAUGCAGGACUGCUUCAAGAAGUACCCUGAGGUUUACGGCGCUGAGCUAGCAGAUGCGGAAGCGGCAUCUGAGGACGACGCCGACCCCCUCCCUCUUCCUGAGGGUUCAAGCGAGGCCCCUGUUGCUGAAAAGGCUAGCGAGGUUAAGGACUCACAGCCGGCCCUUGACCUUUCAGUACCGGAGCCGAAGGUUGAUGCGGUAGUUGUCCCUGAGGUCAAAGUGACACCCUCAAAGACAACCGUAGAGAGCGAGGUGAUCCCCAAAAAGGCCGUCGAUGCGACCGAUGCAAACGAGAAGGUUAAGGAGCAGUAAUGAGGAAGUAUGACUUGUUUCGUUGUGACGACUACUGUUGAGGUUCCGGCAUUUAGACGGGGAGGGCAUGUGUAGACGACAUUCAACGGACAAAAAAAAAAAAGACAAAACACUUGGCGGCGGCAUAGAUAUCCACUCAGCCUGUACAUUUAUUUGUGUGCAAAUAUCUUCAAUACUUGUAACAGUAGAACCAAUACAGCAGAUAUGUGAACCA